UUUAGCAAAGUUCAUUUGAUUGAGAGGAUGAAAUUCUUCACGGUAUUAUUCUUUAUCGCUUUCCUGGUUGUCCUAGUUAAUGGUCAAUGGGGACCUGGUGGCCCAGGUGGAGCAGUUGGCGGCCCUGGAGGAUUGGGCGGUCCUGGAAGAGUUGGCGGACCUCCACCAAUUGACAGUCCUGAUGGUCCCCAUGGUCCUCGCCCAUUGCAACCCCCACCUCAACCACCAUCUUCAUCUGUAGCACCUGAAUCUUCAUCUGCUGCAACUGAAUCUGCAUCUGCGGCAACUGAAUCUUCAACUGAACCUUGAACUGUGGCCAAUUAAAUUGCUUUCAAUAAAAACAUGUUGUUUUAUCCGCUUAAGAAAAAUUUAGUCAGUUUUUAACCAAAACAAUAGAAAACUAUCUUCCUCUAUUCUGUACCUAAUCUUACAAAAAUAAAAAUCAGGAUAAAAAGUGCA